AUGAUCAAUCAUAAUUCGAGAGGGUUAGUGGGGGAUUUGGUAGAUGCGGGUGUAUAUGAAGAGGAUUUUGAGUUGGUUUGGGCAAACAAGAGAGAUGAAGAUGGACAUGAUAACGAACCUUCUAUUCAAACUCCUCCGAGUCCCCCAAGUCCUCCAAAGGAUCCAAAGCCAGCACUGCAAUCCACAAGUACUGGGGAUUCGACAAGUACUACAGCGACAAUGACAACAGAAACAUCAACGAGCAUCGCAACAGCGAGUGCAACGCCUACUGCUACACUAAUAUUACAAACCGCCGCAUCUGUUAGCUCUUCAUCAACUCUUUCCAUUUCAACGCCAGCUUCAUCCUCUGAACCAAGUAGUACAUCCAUCACUUCUAUAUAUGUACCCGCAUCCUCUCCAGCUUCGUCCUCAAGGCCAAGUCCUGAGACAACAAUAACAAGCACAACAACAAGCAUGAUGAACGCAACCGCUUUGACUGCACAUAACCCUACGAUAUCCCCACUUUCAAAUGAUCAGGACACGACGAAAGAACAUCAACAUACAUCCUCGGCUCUGGCAGUAACAGUUAGUGUUACAGUUAUUGUCAGUUUAUUGGUACUCGCUGUUAUGGCAUUCUUGGUUAGGAGAAGAAUUUUAAGGCAAAGGAAGAGAGGUAAUGUGUUGAAAGAUUUGGGAGAGAAAUCAAAUCCGGGAAUGGAUGCUUGGGCUGGUGUGAUACCUAGGGCUAAGGGGAGUGGAAUUCGACGAAACUCCGUAUUUCCUAGCAUUAGGGGAAAUGGAAUUCGAAACUCGGUAUUUUCUGGCAUUAGGGGGAACGGGAUUCGUAACUCAAUUUUUCCUCAGGCACCUCGUCCCGCAUUAAUCAGAAAUUCUUCGGUUUCAACAGCAGGAACUAUGAGGGACAUGGAAAGAUACGAAAAGGAAACAGGAGAAGGAGCAUCGACUAUAAGAGCGCCUUCGACUAUGAGCUUGGAUUGGGGGGAUGGAGUAUCGAUUCAUUCAUUGGAAACCACUGAUAGUGAACAACCUCAGGGAUUGGGAGUCAGGCCGCAAAGAAGAAUGUCUCUCAUUCAGGAUUCAGAGGAGAACGAUAUCGAGAGUGGGGAUGGGAGUCAGGGAAUAUUGAGUUAUUAUGCCAAUAUGAAAUAUCAUCGCAAUCCGUUUGCGGAUCCGGAACCGAACCUGAAUAUGGAUACCUCCUUUUCAUCGAUCCAAUUACCGAAUUUCGAAUUCGAUACAUGGGGCGACGAUACGAAUAGACUUUCAAAAAUUAAUCCGCAAUCGCCUGGAGAUUUGACGAGAGACAAUGCGAGGAAGAACACAUUGAGUUCGUUAAGACCCACGAGUUUCUUGAGCGAAACGGAUACUUUAGAAAGUCAAAAAGCGAUGGCAAGAGCUAGUUUUGGAGGAGCGCUUGGGCAUCUAGGUUCAGCAAGAUGGUCUAACCCUUUCUCGGCAAAGGAAAAGAGGGGAACAAGGGGAUAUGAGGAGAUGGGGGAGCUGGAGAGAGAGGAGAGGGGUGAGGGAAAGUGGAAGGAUAAGCUGAGUUGGGUCAAGGGACAGGUGGAUAGGGUUAAAAAUUAA